AUGCAAGAAUUGAAGGACAUUUAUGGGGAGAAUGUCGCACUCUUGCUGAGAUGCUUGGUUGGACCUUUGAAUUCGAUCAAUUUGAGAAAUGUUGCUCUCCAUGGAUUCAUUUCUCCUCGAGAAUUUCAAGAUUGUUAUUUGAGUUUAAUUUUACUAAUUAUUCCUUCUAUUGCAGAAAAAUCCUUGAAACAUGUGGAGAAUACGAUUGGAUUGAAUCAAGCCUCUCUGAAACGACCAAUCAUUGAUUUGAAACAUUGCAAACCUUUACAAAAUAUUUUCCAAGUGAACCAGAUACAGGAAGACAGUUUUAUUACCACCGCCUACCAAGUGGAUCGUGAAGAGCUUUUUCAAUUAUUGGAAAAUUCAUUAUUUGUAGUGGAUGAAUGGAUACCUCUUUGGAAAAAGGCAUUCAGGGAGUAUUUUGAAAAUCAGAAUUAUUACAAAACAAUUUCCAUCCUUUUUCCAUUAUUUGAACACUCGAUAAGACGAAUUUUCGUGUGUGUGAACAAGUGUGAAAAUAGAUUAUUAACUGCUGAAAAGAAUAGUUUGUAUACCACUCUCGAUAUUCUGUUUACCACAAAACCCAUCCCUUCCUAUGGAAUUGAGAGGAAUGCAAUUUUUGACAUUAUUGACAACAAAUUAUUGAAUCCAAUUUUCGAUUUACUGAUAUGGGUGGAAAGUCCACGAAUUCGAGAUUUGAUCUCACACGGAAAUAUUCAUAUCGAUACCAUUCCUCAUGCAUUGAUGGAUGAAAUUAUCAAACUCAUGCUCGCUCUUUUAGCAGCCUUCGAUCUAAGACAAUGUAAAGAUAACUAUUAUUCCACACAUCUUCCAGAAUUUAUUCAACGUGCUGUAAAUUAUUUUGAUCAUGUAUACGACUCUCCUUUUCAUUGCAAGAAUAUUUUGGAUCGUCAAUUGAGACGAACCUUUGAAUGUUUAGAACAAAUGGAAGAAAUUAAAUCAUUGAUUAAGGAUCAAGUGAUUCAUUCACCAUUAUUUGAACAAGUUCGACAGGAGAUGACUUGCAACGAUCCACAACAUGAACUCUUAUUGCAUUUGAUAGAAGUGAUGAAUAUUGAACUUGAUGCUCUUAUUACCUUUACACAAGAGUAUUACAAUCUUUCUCAUAUUGACGAAAAUGGUUGUAUGGGAUACAUGAGAAAACAAUACCUCAUUCCAACCACUCAUCCAGUCACUCUCUCCGAUAAAGAGGUGAAAAGAUCAAUCAAUUACGAAUAUGAUCACACCACAGACACACAAGAUACUUCCGUGUCGAGAGUUUUGGAACGUGUGGUGGGAGGAACGGCCACUGCAAUCAAAUCUGGGAAGGUCGUUCGUGGUGUAGAGCUUAUUUCAUGUCUUUUGGGCUCACAGGUGGAACAGUUGUUGCAACAUUCAUCCUCUUCCUCUAGUAUGGGUGGAUAUCGACUGACAGGAACUUCGAAAGGAGAAUUUGAACGGUAUCAAGUCGAUCUUCGAGAGUUGGUCAAAUUGGUGCAUUAA